CCUCCAUCUAAACCAACACAUCUAUCUGCAAAGCCCAAGCCGCCAGUUCCCAAAAAACUGUCAAACUCAGAGGUGGCUGAAGCUAUCGGCUCCAAACAGAAGCCACCAGUUCCUGCAAAGAAGCCUUCUGUGGGUUCAGUGUCCUCCCCUUCCAGCCAUAUACAGGAAUUGCAGUCAAAGUUGAGUGGUAUGCAUUUCAAUAACUGACGAGUCACUUUUCUACAUAUAUUCAUUUUGGUUCGUCCCAGCCACUUUCUGCGAGUGAGUAUGGAGUGUUCGGUAGACGAUCACACCAGCCAUCUCCAGAGCUCUAUAAAUUGGCGCCCUUCAGACCACAUGGUAGCAACUAUGGAUAAAUCAGAACUUGAAUACCAACCCAAAAAAAUCAGGGCUUACGCAGUCAGAAUUCUAAAGGAGCUCACCAAAAAGAAAACCCGGCCUAUGCUCAUGUGCUUCCGCAACUGGGAGAUGAGAGUGGGGCUCGGUGGGCCCGACAAUGAAGAUGAGUCUGAUGACCAAACCCGCGUCCUAGUUUUCAACGAUAAGUACAUUUCUUUCUUGAUUCCGUGGAUGAUGUCGUUCUGCUGGUACGUGGAUGAAAUCAUGGAGGAACUUGCCGAUCUCAGAGACCUCAACACUGUCUGCAAUGGAAAACUCACUCUUGGUCCUGUUUUCACGGUUGAGGAGCUUGUCAAGAUCGAUAUGAUUUUCAGACUCUUCACCACCGUCGUUCCUAAACAAUAUUUGGAGUCGAAAUCGCAUCACUCCAAAGUGACCGAGACUAAUAGAGUGGAGGGUGCCAAAUCGACCGCUGCUUUGAAACCAGCUAUAGAAGCUCCAAAGCCCGUUGAAAUUACCGAGUGUGUUGAAGCUCCAGAAUGUAUUGAAAAUCCAGAGCCUACUAAAGUUGACAAAUCUGCCGUCUCCAAGUCUAAGUGCCAUGCCCAGCCUGCUUCUUUCAGGAUACUUGACGCAUCGAACUCGGUGAACCCCGCCAAACCUUCUAUGUCGUCCAAUCCCUCUGCUCCACCUUUACCAAAAGACAUCCCCGAAUCACCGAGCUUCGACUAUGAGCCUUCUAAUGCGGUCGCUCAAAAGCCAGUUCAACCAGCAGGCAACUCUGUGGUUAUACAGAAGCCGUUGUUUGAUGACCUUGUCAACAAAAUACAGGGUCUUCAAUUGUCCAUUGAGAUUAUGCAGAAUAUGUAGCUAUCAAUAUUAAUGUUCCUUCCUCCAACGCUCGAUCAUACUUUCUGCCCACCUAGUAUACAGCAGCUCUUCAACUUCGUCGCGAGGACGUUCUUUUUCGAGAUUUUUGGGUAUUAGUUUGUCCUUCAGCUGUUCGUUAUCUGUCGUCAUUAUUUUCUUCAUCACCAGCUUGAAAUAUUUACAAAACACUUCUCGGUACUGUUGAUCCGGGCUGAGCGCGAUUGACUCCAUCAUGGUCUUUUGAAAAAGAACUAGCUGGUCGUACUGCGAGGUCGAGAGGUUAUGUUUUUCGUUUAUCUUGUUGAACGACUGAUUCAGUAUGCGAUUAAGAGUCUUUUUCAGCUCCUGGUCCCCAUUCUCAUCGGAGGUGCGUUUCAUCGGCGACAAUGGAACCUUUCGGGAUGGCGCCGGCUUCAAGGUACUUGAAGGUUCCUCUUUCAACGUGAUAUCGAAUAGAGGAGGUGUCUGUUCCUCCAGAGUAGGUGUAUAGUAGCGUUUCUCGGUGUUGCCUGUUUCAAGAUCCCAUUCGUGCUUGCGCUUGAUCAGCUUAACUAUCUCCGAGCGAUCGACCUUGGCGCCAGCAAGCACAAACGGAUGUUUAAGGAGUUCUUUGGCCGACGGCCUCUGCUUUGACUCUUUAUUCAGGCAAACUUUCACAAAAUCCCUGAACUCCUUACUGAAACUCGAGUCCAGCUCGGGAGCAGGGUCCUCGGCGAUUCUAAAGAGCACGUCGAACGGAUGGUACUGAGAAAGAGGAGGCUUGCCGUAUGCUAGUUCAAUUGCUGUAAUACCCAGUGACCAAAUAUCUGCAGAAUAUGUGUAUGGCUGGUGAAGAAUAAUUUCAGGGGCCAUCCAGUAGGGCGUCCCGACAAAAGUGUUUCUUUUGGACAUGUUGUUGGACAACUGGGUGGCGACUCCAAAAUCUGCAAUUUUCACGUCCCCUUCAAAGCUCAAUAACACGUUGGCAGCCUUGAAGUCCCGGUGGAUCUUGCCAUUUUCGUGUAAAUACACAAGAGCAUGUAGCAGCUCAUGCAAGAUGUAGCUAAUAGCCUUCUCUCCAAAUGGCCCGGAAACGAGCAACUCUGAGCAGGAUCCACCACCCAAAAACUCCAUAAUAAUCCACAGCUUGUAUCCUUUAAGGAAACAGCCGUAGUAUCGAGUGAUGUUCGCAUGCUGGCACGUAGACAGAAUCUUGAUUUCCUGCUGGAUCUCGUUCAGUUCAUCUGCACUUUCCAAAUCCACCUGCUUGACAGCCACCAUUUUCCUGGAGUCUUUGUCAAAAGCACGGUAAACCACGCCGAACGCUCCGCGGCCCAAUUCCUCGUACACCUCAAACUGCUCGGGAGACAUAAAAAAAAAUUAAUCAGAUUAAUUUAUCAAAUUAUUUUAUCAUGUUCUCUAGAGUGCUGGGGCCACGAGGAAUUCGCUGGUUUGGUAGCUUCCGACCUCUUCGCAACAUUGACAGCUUUGUUUUGCAGCGCACGAACACAGUUCUUUUUAAAUGCAUAGUCUUUGACUCGAACGGAAAAUUCAAAAAGAUCGCAUCUGAUGUCAAAAAAGCACAGCUGAUUUUGAAGCAUGACUUACUGCCCCGUGACCUUCGCAAAAUUGACAAGGGCUACGAUGACAUUGUUCCUUCCAUUUUAGUGCGAGAGAACUCGAUUCUGCUCACCAUCUUACAUAUCCGAGCGUUGAUCAAAGCAGAUUCUAUCGUGUUAUUUAAUUACGACGAGUCGUUUUCCAGUGAUCAACUGAUUUCAACACUCUCACAGAAACUGCAUAACCAAUCAGAUGAUUCGCUCCCGUACGAAAUUCGUGCCUUGGAAGCCAUAUUCAUGAACGUGAUCGAUAACCUCAAUUCCGAAAUGAAAGUGCACGUCACCGUGGUAAAUGGCAUACUAAAGGAACUCGAAAGCGACGUUGACAUGACGAAACUAAAGUAUCUGUUACUGGUCUCCAAGAAAUUGCAACAGUUCCAGCAGAAAGCCACUUUGAUCAGAGACCUCAUCGACGAAAUGCUCGCCCACGACGACGAGCUAGUGGAACUCUAUCUCACAGAUAAAAAAAUCGGCCACAAGCGGAUGGGGCGCGAACACGAAGAGGUGGAAAUGCUGCUCGAAUCAUACUCUCUGCAUUGCGACGCUAUUGUGCAGACAGUGGAGUCCUCCAUAAGCAACGUGCGAACUACAGAGGAAAUCAUCAAUAUAAUCCUCGAUUCCAAUCGAAACCAGCUCAUGCUGCUUGGUUUGCGGUUCAGUAUUUGUCUGCUGAGCUUUGGCAGCCUGCUUUUCAUUGCUGGUGUCUACGGCAUGAAUUUAGAAAACAUUGUCGAAGAAAAAGACUACUGGUUUGUCAUUAUAUCCACCGCAUCGUUGUUAAUUAGCGCAGUGAUUUUCAGAAAAUGUACAAAACGCUUGAACCAGCUGAAGCGGAUCCAAAUGUCUAAAUAAGCACCAUUCGGUACUGCUUGCGUUUCAUCUUUUCGCUGACGGAUCUGCCCCUCCCUCCUUUUUCUUGUCAAUUAAAUAGUCCUUAACUGCGCUAAGACUAGUUUUUUCUGUCUGUGCGUAAAGGCUGCUGCUAGUUCUGUCCGGUGGGUUUCUUUUGUACCGAUGUUGGCCGCCGUUUGCAUGGGGACCAUCUCCCCAAUGGCCCCUGGUGUCUCGAUAAUCCUGGUUCUGCCAAGGUCGACCUCCGUGGAAUUCGCGGGGCCUUCUAUAUUCUCUAUAGUCUCCUGACUCCCGUGAAUAGUCGCGGCCCCAAUCGCGGCCCCAGUCGCGAUUCCAAUCUCUGUUACCUCCCCAGCCACGUCGUUCACCUCUCCAGCGAUUGUCGUGGGCAAGAUCUCUUCUCUUGCGAGGAGUUUCGUAGUCCGCGCCAUAGUGAGAGUGGUCCAGUGACUUAUUAGGCGGUCUUCCCGAUCCAACGGACUCAUUUGCACGCUUCUUCUCUUCCUUGUAUCUUUUGAUGUCCUGUUCGUGGCUUUCCUCGAAUUUGGGCAACUCUUCGGGAAGACAAGCCACCGGCUCCAUUUUGAAGAAAUCCGACUCCAAUGCCUUGGCAGCAUUAAACCGCUUGCGUGGGUCCAGCGUCAGCAAUCCUGAGAGCAGACGCACUGCUGCUGGCGUCAUAAUCGCCCCAAACUCGCUUUCGAGGGUGCGUGGGUAGUCCACAUGUAAAUUGACGCCAUUUCUAUUGAUCACAUCUGCGUUCGGAAAGUUCUCCGGCGUGGGACUUCCUAAAAGCCUGAAUAUCAUGUCUGCCUGGUCCAAGUCACUCUUUCCUUCUAGAAUGGGCUUUUUCUUGUACAUUUCCCCAAGGACACAUCCGAUUCCCCACAUAUCGACUGCCGUUGUGUAUUUACGUUCUCCCAGCAGCAGUUCGGGGGGUCGAUACCAGCGUGUCACCACUAGCCCCGUGUACUCGACCAGACCGCCGCCAGCACCGGCGGCCGCAUCCACUGGAGCCGGCCCGUGGUAGCCCCUUGCAAGUCCAAAGUCGGCAAUUUUCACCACGCCAAAGAAGUCGAGCAGGAUGUUGGCUGUCUUUAUGUCCCUGUGAAGAUAAUGCUGGUUGUGAAUGUAAUCUAUCCCGUGCAAGAUCUGUUUCAUAAUACAUUUUAUUUGCGGAUUUGUGAGUCUGACCCGUGGGUUGUUGAGUAACCCAUUCAGGUCCGAGCUGAUGUAUGGUGUGACUGUGUAGAAAAAGCCAGGCUUCUUCGUAUCUUCGGAGUUCUCAUGAAUCAUAUCUAUCAGCUGCAGCACGUUCACGUGUCUAAACUGUUUCAUGAUUGUGAUUUCGCGAAAUGCCGUGAUGGGGAACCCGUCCUUGGAGUCAUGGACAAUAAGUUUUUU